CGCACAACCGCUUCGCACCAAAUGAGGCAUUGUUUUGCCAAACCGCGUUUCGUCAAUCACUCGUCAAGGUGACGUUAAGCAUACGAAGAUGGGCAGACCAAGAGUAGUAUACUGGUUCCGGACUGAUCUCCGUCUGCAUGAUUCGCCUGCGCUCAAAGCCGCCUUAGACUUAGACCCCGAAGUCCUAUGGCCCAUCUUUACGUGGGACCCACAUUAUGUUUACAGAGCCAAAGGAGGUGUGAAUAGAUGGCAAUAUCUACUCGACUGUCAAAAUGACCUUUCGGAGUCCAUCACCAAACUCAAUCCGAAGUCGAAACUCUUUGUUUUGCGCGAGGCUCCACAAACAGUGCUUCCCAAGGUCUUUAAAGCUUGGAAGGUUACUCAUCUGGUUUAUGAGAAAGACACAGAUUCUUAUGCUCGGGAGCGAGACAGUGCUGUCGCAGAGGCAGCCAAGUAUGCUGGCGUCAAGGUCAUCAGUCCUUAUGGCAGAACAUUAUGGGAUUCGGAAGACGUAGUCAAGAAGAAUGGCGGCAAGCCAACAAUGACCAUUACGCAGCUUCAAGCCGCGGGCAAGAAGGUUGGAGGUAUUCCCAGACCCAUACCCGCGCCCAAGAGCCUCCCUGACCCCGGGGAAAUGCCUGUGGACUUUGAUUAUGAGCAGCCAAACAGCAAGCCAGACCUCAGCGCGCCGCUGCGCGAUAAGGAGGAAAGGGCGUAUAACAGUAUUGCUGGUCCAAACGGUGACUUCGCCAUCGAGACAUUGGAGGAGCUCGGCUUCCCAGCUGCAACGACGCCCCAUCGGGGCGGAGAAACCCAUGCGCUCAAGACUCUUGAUCAUAUUAUUGCCGACGAAGAGUACGCUGCCACCUUCGAGAAGCCGAAGACAAAUCCUGCAGAGUUCAGGCCACAAGCUACAACUCUCCUAUCCCCGCAUAUGCACUUCGGGUCGCUCUCUGUUCGUCUGUUUUACUGGCGCGUUCAAGAUCUGGUCACCAAAUAUAAGGGCGCUUCCACGCCGCCCGAAAGCCUAACAGGCCAACUUCUUUUUCGCGACAUGUAUUUUGCUGCGCAGGCUGCCAUCGGCUCACCAUUUAUUCAAACGACCAACAAUCCAUACGUUCGCUUCGUACCGUGGCACCUUCCCUCCAAGCUGGAAGAGGGCACCGAGACGGGUAUGAACGCGAUCAGCGGUGAGUAUCACAUCGAUUCCCAGAAAGCAGAGCACUGGUUCCAGCGGUACAAGAUCGGCGUCACCGGUUUCCCCUGGAUCGACGCGCUCAUGCGCCAGCUCCGCCAGGAAGGCUGGAUACACCAUCUGGGCCGACAUGCCGUCGCAUGUUUUCUGACAAGGGGUGGAUGUUAUAUCCACUGGGAGCGCGGUGCAGACGUGUUCGAAGAGCUUCUCAUCGAUCAUGAGCCCGCAUGCAAUGCCGGGAAUUGGCAGUGGCUAAGCUGCACCGCGUUCUUCUCGCAGUAUUACCGUUGUUACAGCCCCGUCGCCUUUGGGCAGAAGUGGGACAAGGAAGGCAAGCUGAUCAGAGAAUAUGUGCCUGAGUUGAGAAACCUCGACGCAAAGUACAUCUAUGAGCCCUGGAAGGCACCCAAGGCCGCUCUCGACAAGGCUGGUAUCAAGAUCGAAGGCGACGGGUUGGGGGAGCGCAGGAAGGGAACGUACCCGCCGCCUAUGCUGGACUUUGGCGAGAGAAGAGGCGUUUGCAUUGCGGCGCUCAAGACGGCGUAUUCGAUUGGUCUCCGUGGGGAUGACGAGAGGGUGAAGAACGGCGAGUGGAGGCAACUGUUUGAGGCGGCAGGCGAGACGGAGAUGGAGCAGUUCGCAGGGAGCGACCAUGAUGACAAUGGCGAAUACGCCGAUGAUGCUGGACAUCCUGAACUGAAGCGGAAGCCGAUGAAGCACGAGAAACAAGGGCCAAUGGAUAAGUUUGCCAAGAAGCAGAGGCGCGGUAUCGAGUAUUAAAUUCGUUUUAUGAGUAAGUAUUGGUAUUUAUCGUCUCAAUUAAUGUCUAGCAAGUCCUCGGGGCUUUUGUCUUUCGCUGUCACUGCGAACUAUGAAGUAUGUAAGACUGGAGCUUUCAGAGAGCUUAGUAUCCCACCUGCUCUACCUUAGAUAAAGUCCGAGGCGCGAGCAUUCCUGCUAUUCGCCUUAGUAUGAACGGCUGUCACUUGCUCAUCCUCCCCACCGAACCGCCAGCAUCAAGUGCCGGAUGCAUUGCUUCUAUCGAGUCAUUAGAGCUACGACCUAGGACAUUGUCGCCGGUUCCGUCGUGGUUGUGGCCCGGCGUUUCUGAACGAAACAUGAAUCACAAUGAUCUUGAUUCUAACCAGAAACUCGU